GAAUUGUUUAAAUAAUUGUCUCAAUGUCCUUACUUGUGCGUUUGUGCAUGCUGUAGUUCAAUUGCCAGGGCAACAAAUUUCCUAUACGGCCACAUAACUUAGGCUUGGCGUGGAUACAGCCGGACACUUUAUAGAAGGAAGGAUACAGCGGCUUUGGCCUUACGUUUGCAUAUAAAAAUGCCAAGCGAAAUAAUUACUUUGCAGCUGGGCCAAUGCGGCAAUCAAAUUGGGUUCGAGUUUUGGAAACGUUUGUGCAUGGAACAUGGGAUUUCGCCAAGCGGCGUUCUAGAGGACUUCGCUACCGAAGGCAUGGACCGCAAAGAUGUAUUCUUCUAUCAGGCUGAUGACGACCACUACAUACCGCGUGCGGUGCUUCUUGACCUGGAGCCCAGGGUGAUCAAUACAAUAAUGGGCUCUUCAUAUGCAAAGCUCUACAAUCCAGAGAACGUGUAUUUAUCGAAGCAUGGUGGCGGGGCUGGCAAUAAUUGGGCGUCUGGCUAUAGUCAGGGUGAAAAGUUGCAAGAGGAAAUAUUUGACAUAAUCGACAGAGAAGCCGACGGUAGUGAUUCCCUUGAAGGAUUCAUACUCUGUCAUUCCAUUGCAGGUGGUACUGGCUCUGGCAUGGGGUCCUUUAUCAUGGAACGGCUGGCAGAUCGUUAUCCCAAGAAGCUCAUACAGACGUUCAGUGUGUUUCCCAAUCAGGAUGAGAUAAGCGAUGUUGUUGUUCAGCCGUACAAUUCAUUGCUGACACUGAGACGUCUAACCAGUGCUGCGGACAGUGUGGUCGUCCUGGACAAUACAGCCCUCAAUCGCAUAGCUUGCGAUCGUUUGCAUAUCCAGAAUCCCAGUUUCUCGCAAAUCAACAAUCUAGUGUCAACCAUUAUGAGCGUAAGCACAACCACGUUGCGGUACCCGUCGUAUAUGAACAACAAUCUCAUCGGGCUUAUGGCGUCCUUGAUACCCACACCCCAGUUGCAUUUUCUGAUGACGGGGUACACGCCUCUGACCAGCGCCUCGGAUGUGAACAAUCAGCAAACGGUCAACAUUCGCAAAACGACCGUCUUAGAUGUAAUGCGUCGUCUGCUACAGCCUAAGAACAUGAUGGUGUCCACUGGCCCUGACAAGACAAACCAUCAUUGCUACAUAUCUAUACUUAACAUCAUCCAGGGCGAGGUGGAUCCUAGCCAAGUGCACAAGUCGCUGCAGCGCAUUCGUGAUCGAAAGAUGGCCCAGUUUAUACCCUGGGGACCAACCUCAAUCCAGGUGGCCCUGUCCCGCUCUUCGCCCUACGUUCAAAGCAACCAUCGUGUGUCUGGCCUGAUGUUGGCCAACCAUACUAGCAUCAAUUCGCUAUUUGAGCGGGCCCUGAACCAAUAUGACAAGCUACGUAAACGAGGCGCUUUUCUAGAUCAAUUCCGACGCGAAGACAUCUUCAAAGAUGAUCUCAACGAGCUGGAUGAGUCCCGUGAGACAGUUGAUAGCCUCGUGCAGGAGUACGAGGCAGCCACGCGCAGUGACUACAUGCAUUAUUCGUUCAAACGUGCCCAGGGAGAUUCCAAAUCGGAAGAUGCCAAGUCUGGGGGCGAUCAUUAAAUCAACCUCUCUCGUGACAUCCGUGUGCCAUGAAACCACCAACAUACUCUUUUAUUUCUUGUAGCUCCUGACACGAAAGGAUUUUAAAUCCUUCAAGUAUUAACCAGCACAAAAAACGUUUUACGAGUGGAUUUCUUUGUUUUUACAGCUUAUCUGUAUCUAAAUGUUACAAGU